AUGAGUCCCUCAAAGCUGCGUCUGAAACUCUGGCUGUCGGUCGCCCUGGCUGUCACAGUAUCCGCAGGCUAUGCGCGCACUCAAGAUGAAAGUCACUCAUGCAAGGUCCUCCCUGGAGAUCCGGAUUGGCCCAGGCCGCAAGACUGGGAGAGCCUGAACAAGACGCUGGGCGGUGGCUUGAUCGCUUCGCUCCCCCCAGGCAGUGUCUGUCACGAUGAGCCAUUCAACAACUAUGAUGCGGACGCUUGUGCUGAGCUCCAGACCGCCUGGGAGAGGCCAUCUUUGUCGCACAUGGCCAACCCGGCCGAGAUAUUGAGCAUGUACUUCAAGAACUACACGUGCGACCCGUUCACUCCUCGAUCUCAGCCGUGCGAUCUGGGCAACUACGUCAGCUAUGUGGUUGAUGUUGCGGGCGCCGACGACAUAAAAGCUACUCUCGAAUUUGCCACGAAGCAUAACGUGAGAAUUGUCAUCAAAAACACCGGCCACGACUACCUAGGGAGGUCCACCGGCAAGGGCGGUCUCUCCCUGUGGACUCACAACCUCAAGUCGACCGAAUUCAUCCCCAAGUACGAGUCUUCCCACUACAGUGGGCCCGCAAUGAAGCUCGGGGCGGGCGUCCAGGGAUUCGAGGCAUAUGCGGCUGCGGACGCGGUGGGUCAUCGUAUCGUGGGCGGCGCUUGCCCCACAGUGGGCAUCGCCGGUGGAUACUCGCAAGGUGGUGGGCAUUCUCUAUUGUCCAGUAGCCACGGCAUGGCCUCCGACAAUGUCUUGGAAUGGGAAGUCAUCACCGCCAAGGGCCAGCAUCUGGUCGCAACCCCCGAACAACAUUCUGAUCUCUACUGGGCACUCACUGGCGGCGGUCCUGGCAACUACGCUGUCGUGCUGUCCAUGAUAGCCAGGGUGCAUCCAGACACCACUAUAUCGGGCGGAAGCCUUGUCUUCGACGACUCUAAGGUGGGAUCUGAUGCCUUUUGGGAGGCCGUCGGCGCUUUCCAUGCCCUGCUGCCGGAUUUCUCGGAUGCCGGCAACUCCUUCACUUAUGGAAUGACGGCUGACACGUUCAUCGCCUGGGUUAUCACCAUGCCGGACACGGACCUGGAGCAGUCCAACGCAUACCUGAAACCCUUUUUGGACGACCUCAAGAGCCGCGGCAUUGAUUACCAGUAUACUCCGCAUUAUUCCAAAGGGUUCUAUGAUCACUAUUCGUGGUCUCUGGGCCCUCUCCCGGAAGGCUUAUUCCACUAUGCCACCUUUACCAACAGUCGUAUGGUGACGCGUGACUUGCUUAGCAACCCACAUAGCAAUGCCAGAGUCAUGGCGGCGCUGCGAAAUAUUAGUACAGCCCCUGGAUACGUCACUGCGUGCCAAAGCUUGAGUGUCGGUGACAAGGUGCACCCCCUGAAUGCAGUGUUGCCCACGUGGAGGGACACACUCUCGUUCUGUGUUCCAUCGGGUAGCUGGGAUCCUCACGCCUCUCCAGCGGAUAUGGCAGCACGUCAAGAUCUUGCCGUAAACUACGUCCAGGCAACGUUGGACGCGGCCACGCCCGGAGGUGGCACGUACAUGAACGAAGUAAACUACAUGCAGCCCAAUUGGAAAGAGGUCAUGUACGGCUCCAACUACGAGAGACUAUUCCAGAUAAAACACAAAUACGACCCAGACUCUCUUCUCUACGUGAAGAAUGGGGUUGGCAGCGACGCGUGGGUUGAGGAUUCGGACAAGCGGCUAUGCCGCAACACCAUCUGCGGGGAGCUAGAUUAUCAAAGCGACCCUUUUUUCGACACUGUGUUUACCACCUUUGAAUAG